AGCAUUCCUUGUGCAAAGUAGGGUGUGGCAAUAUUUACCCUUCUAGCAUGUGGAUGACUUGGAGAAAAAUGUUGCAUCUUCUUUCUAUGAGUUAAUGUCAUUUGUUGCUUCUGAUUAUUGAAUCAAGAGCCAUCUUCACAAGCGAGUGGCUUGGAUAUUAAAAGUAUUUUAUUCAUUGUUGCAUCAAUCUUACGUGUUUGAUUGCUGUAGCCAUCUUGAAUCUCCUCUUCUAGGGGUAGCUGGAUUUAAUAAUUUUAAUGAAUGUUCACUGCUAGCCCAAAGAAGUAACUUUGGGGAGGGGGACAGCUUUUUUGAUUUCCAAAACAUGCUGAACCUGUCAGGCAUGCUGGUAUCUAUAUCAAGUGGGCUUUGCAGCUUCUUGGGAAGCUGUCUGGACUGAAGGAGCAAACAGGAGUAAGUGGUUUGUGAUUUAUCCCAUGACUCACCACUGUUUUCUGUAUCCCAGGGAUGUCUGUGCCACAGCAUGAGCAUAUCUCUGCAAGCAUGAAAAGGAGGGUCAUACUCCUUUGCUGCCCUUUGGCAAGCCCCUCCUUUCAAGUCUCUCCCUCCCUCUAGUCUGUCUUCGCUGCCUUUCAUUCUAGCUAGUUAUAAUUCCAGAGAGUGGCUUGGAACUGGAACACCACUGCUAGGCUCCUCUGUUUCUGCUGCUGCAAAGAUGAAUCCGAAAGCUCUUCUCUUCAUGCUCCUUCUGGCCUUUCUAGCAGCUUUUGCUUUAGUCUGUUUUUUGUUGACUAGCGGUGGAAAGUAUGUCAGCUGUGCUUCUCAGUCUCAAGCUUUACCCAAGCAUCUGAAUAGCGAAUGGAGCUGGCUCUUUGCUGAUCUAUCACAAGAGGAAAUAGUCCAUGUAGUACAGUAUUUGAAAUCCAGCCUUGGAGCAACUUUGGAAGAUGCUUCUCGUGCAAAGCCUUCUGAUAACUGUAUUUAUUCUGUUGACUUGGAGUUGCCCCCUAAAGCAGAGACUUUGUCAUUUCUGGAUCAUGGAGGAAGCCGCCCACCUAGGCAGGCUGUGGCUAUAGUGUAUUUUGGAAAUCAGCCAGAUCCAAAUAUUACUGAAUAUGUGGUGGGCCCCCUCCCACAGCCAAUGUAUCACCGGGAUGUGACAGUACAGAAGUAUGGAGGACAAAUACCAUAUUAUCGCAGGCCCUCACUGAUUGCUGAACACAAGCAGAUGGCCCACUUUCUGCACAGUACAUUGUUCCCCACAGCCCCAAGCUUCAUGCGUGAAGUACUGAACUAUGAUGGGGCCAACCUAGCGGCAAUGGCUACAUCACCAAAGGGAAUGAAAUCUGGGGAUCGUGCAACUUGGUUAAUCCUCUACCAGAAUGUAACUGGCUACUUUUUACACCCAGUCGGGCUUGAAGUGCUUAUAGAUCACAGUAGCCUGGAUAUCUCCCACUGGAUUGUGAAGAAAGUGUUUUAUGGUGGCCAAUACUACAGGGACAUGGCACACCUGGAGAGAGAAUUCACAGAGGGACAUAUGCAUGUGGAAAAGGUGAACAGAGUCCCAGCUGAUGGGGGAUUCUCCUCAAUGAAGCCCAAGGUGCACCCUGCCAACCUUGGUCCCCUGAAUUAUGAGCCUUUUGGACCACGUUACAGUGUGAAAAACAACCAAGUCCACUCCUCAUCCUGGAGUUUUGCCUACCGGAUGGCUUUGCAUAGAGGACCACAGCUCUUUGACAUUAGGUUCAAAAAUGAAAGGGUUGUGUAUGAGCUCAGUGUGCAGGAUACUAUGUCCAUCUAUGGUUCCAGCAACCCUGGUGGGAUGUCUAUUAGGUACAUGGAUGGGAGCUUUGGAAUUGGAAAGUACUCAUCUCCUCUUAUGCGAGGGCUUGACUGCCCUUAUUCUGCUACGUAUCUUGAUAUUACCUUUUUAGCAGAAAUAGAAAGACCUGUCAUUAUUCAUGAUGCUAUCUGUGUUUUUGAACAGGACAUGGGGGUUCCAUUUCGGCGUCACUUCUCCAAACUUCAGUCUCUCUAUUAUGGAGGGCUACAAAGCACAGCACUGGUCUUUCGCUCUGUGUCCACCAUUGGCAAUUAUGACUAUGUCUGGGACUUUGUAUUUUAUCCAAAUGGAGCGAUUGAAAGCAAAGUCCGUGCCACUGGUUAUAUAAGUUCAUCUUAUCUCUAUAAUGAUGGCCUAGAUUAUGGAAACAGAGUUGGGGACUACACUCUGGGAACAAUUCAUACCCACUUUGUUGGCUUCAAGUUGGAUCUAGAUGUUGCUGGUAAGUAUGCAGAUUUUCUGUCUCAAUCAAGUGGAUUCCAAAUCCUAUUCUACUUUUGUUCUGUGCAUUAUGUUGGAUACCGUAAGAGCUUGUAGAUAGGUCUUUAUCUUUGACAGAGGUUUGGAUGGAUUACAUAUGUCCUUUGUGCUAUUUAAGCUUACUGGGUGUAGACAGAGAAUGUUAUUCCAAGAGUAUCAGCCUCUCUUCAUUUACGUUUAUCCUCUCACAGUAGGCUAUUACUGAGUUCACUGUCCUUUUCAGACUCCUA